AUGAGCAGGCAUCUGUGGUUGCCUUCCCAAUACAUCUCCAAGCCCUUCCACUGGGCAGUGGGACACAAUGGCACCUACUCCUUGCCUGGCCCCUAUGCCUUCCACAACCGGUCCUCCUUCUUUGACGAGGAUUUGGAUGUGGACAACAUGGGCGAUUUCGGCACACGUUACGAAGGGGAGUCCCAGAGCCGGACGGUGAAGGCGCUGCUCAUUGUGGCUUACUCGGUCAUCAUCUGCAUCUCCCUCUUUGGGAACGUGGUGGUGUGCCACGUGGUCAUCAAGAACAAGAGGAUGCACUCAGCCACCAGCCUCUUCAUUGUCAACCUGGCCGUGGCUGAUAUCAUGAUCACCAUCCUGAAUACGCCAUUCACACUGGUGCGGUUCGUCAGUAGUACCUGGAUUUUUGGAAAGCUGAUGUGCCACAUAAGUCGCUUUGUCCAGUAUUGUUCUGUCCACGUGUCUGUGUUGACCCUGGCUGCUAUUGCUCUAGACCGCCAUCAGGUCAUCAUGCACCCUCUGAAGCCCCGAAUGUCCAUUGCGAAAGGAGGGAUUUGCAUCAUUAUCAUAUGGGUGAUGGCGAGCUGUUUCUCUCUACCCCACGCAAUCUACCAGAAGCUUAUAUGGUAUCCUUAUCGAAACAGGACAAAUCGCAUGGCGUGUCUCCCGAGCUUCCCUCCUCCGAAAGAUCUUUUUUGGAAGUACCUGGAUUUGACUACCUUUGUCCUUCUCUAUGUUCUGCCUUUGUUGGUGAUCUCCAUCACAUACACAGUAGUUGCCAAGAAGCUCUGGAUGAGGAAUGCGAUUGGUGAUGUGACCAUGGAGCAGUACUUUGCCCAUCGACGGAAGAAGAAGAUGACCCUCAAGAUGCUGAUGGUGGUCGUGGUGGUCUUUGCUGUCUGCUGGUUCCCAUUAAAUUGCUACUUGGUUCUCAUGUCCAGCAAGGCUAUCCACAGCAACAACGCCCUGUACUUUGCUUUCCACUGGUUUGCCAUGAGCAGCACCUGUUACAACCCCUUUAUUUACUGCUGGCUCAACGAGAGCUUUCGCUCAGAGCUCAAGUCCCUGCUGGGCGUGUGCUGGAGGAAGGACGUCUCCAGGAAUCAUGCCCUGCAGUCCAUAUCACUCCCUUUCAGGCAUGCCUGGGAUGAGAAUUACCCCUGCAAACCAGACCUCGGCUCUCAGCAGACGAAGGACACAUCCCACAGGAACUCUGCCCGGACAGACAUCUCUGUUGUCCAGCCAGUCGUAACGGGUAGCUAA